CUUCUUCUUCAUAAGACAAUCCAUAAUCCUAGCAGUGGUCGUCCGUUGACGUUUCAACAGUUGGGUUACAUCUUCAAGUAUUGGCUAUAUACUUCAGAACUGCUUUUUCAUCAGCAGUCGCACUCAGACAACUGAAGAAGCUAAUAUUUACAUGUCAUCUGUAUUUGCUGGACACGGAUUCAGGCCUGGAAUAAGAGGAGAUCUAUUUCUGAGGUUAAACUAUAUCAACUCGGAAAGUAAAUAAAGGACACCUGAACUUUGGAACAGAUCUACCUGUAUCCGAAAGUGGAAAAGUUAGCUAAUCUUGACAAGGUUGUACACCGUCGAUCUAUAUAGCCAGUGUUGGUUUCGCGUUCGAACAACUUCCGAUUUGUUCACGAUUGGAAAGGUUUAAAGUUCAUUUGAAUCAUUGAGAGAGUUUAUAUUGGAGGAAGAACAGACGGAAACACAAUGUUAUCUGUGGAAUCAGGGAUUAAAAUAGGUUUAGAGAGUUUGUGAGGUUUCUUUGCUCUCACGAUCAUAACAUUCGUGCAAUAUUAGACACUCGACAGCAUCGGAAGAGGAUAUAUUCAACAUUGCCGAGCGAGUUUGAAAGGAGAAGACUGCAGUAGUGGUUUUAGACGUAGUCCAGAGAGGUUAAUUGUGAACCCUCAAGUGAGAACUUUUUGCUCAAAAAGAUACCACGCAUGCUUUCAAGACUUCAUAGUCUUUCCUCAGUGUGCACGCGUUUGACAACACCAUUCAACACCAACAAGAACAAACAUGCAACCAACAAUCGUCCGACUCCUAGGUCUUGGACUUAUUCUGGACUUGGUCCUAAUUCUACCGACGGUCCUGGCCCAGUCAGCGUGCUCCUUUGCUCAAGAUGGCACAACUCCUACAGGAAAUGAUGUUUGUAACUGCUUCGAGUCUCAGAACCCCAUGGGUUGGAUCGUAGACUGUUCGAAAAAAUUUCUGGCCGGGGUACCGACUGGGCUGCCUGCAGAAACUGUAUAUUUAUCUCUCAAUGAAAACUCAAUAACAGCGCUCUCACCCAUUUCAUUAGAAGGUUUAUCGUCACUAGAAAUAUUACAAAUCCAGAAUAAUGGCCUGAGGAGUGAUUCAAUCGAAGAUGGUGCGUUUGCUAAUCUGCCCAAUCUCAAGUCAUUAGAUUUAUCUAACAACCGGAUUGCUCUCUCCUCGGCUAUGAUAAGCCACCUUCUACCCCUGACGAGACUUCAAACAUUAACCCUGACGAAUAACAACAUCAACACCAUAGACAGUUCAGCAGUUGAAAUAUUUGAUCGACUUGAUACACUGGAUCUUACAUCGAAUGUUUUCGUCUGCGACUGCGAUCUGUCCUGGUUCAGGAAUUGGUUAUUGAACACUGGUCACGUGGGUCACCAGAUCACGGGGGCGACCUGUUCCUCUCCCCUAGAGUACCAGAGAGAGGAAAUCACUGGGGCUGGAUUCUGCUCUCCAAGCGUCUGCAUUUUAUGUAAUGGCGGGAGCGAUGCGGAGUGUAACAGUCAGCCCAGUGCGAUUCAGACGUGUAGCUCUACACAGGGGGCGUGCUUCAACGAAAUUCGGGUGUCGAACGGAGUGUACAGCAUUCAGAAAAGUUGCAAGCAAAUCCAGGCUUGCCUCAACCAGGUCAGAUCCAACGCCAGACAGUGCAACGCGGGAACAUCAGAUUCUGUUUGUAGAACAUGUUGCCUCGGUGAUCUCUGUAAUAGACCAGCAUCCGGGGUACUAGACGAUUACACUCUUCCUGGAUUCCCACGCGAUCCGAGUCUGGUAGUUGAGACUACAACUCCAUUAAAAACUACUGUGACAGAGACCACCACAGCAUCCGCCACUACCGAAACUACAAGGAUAGCCUAG